AUGAUUUUAUAUUUAUUAUUUUAACUAAUUAGUGCCUAUGUAAAGAUAGAUUUACUUAAGUCUUCACCUAACCAUUAUAAUAAACAUUUAAGAAAUGAUCUAUUGAUCAACAAUUUCAAGAAUAUGCAAUAUACUGGGAUAAUUAAAAUAGGGGAAUAGGAUCUUGAAUUGUUAUUUGAUACAGGUUCAUCUAUUUUUUGGGUAAAUUAUAAAUACUAUUAAGGUAUUUUCAAAUACAUGUCCCUCAUAAUCAAAGAGAAGUUCAUUUGAUUGUCAAUCAAGUUCUAAUUGUUUAAUGACAUAAGAAUAAUAUAAUGUUUAAUAUGGUUAAGGGGAAAUAGGAGGUAACAAAGCAUUUGAUUAGUUACAGAUAUCUAACAAUAUGACAAUUAAAAAUUUUCAAUUCUUAAUAGUGAAUUCAUAAUCUAAUAUAGAUAAUUUGAGAGCUGAUGGAAUUUGUGGAUUGGGAUUACAAGAAUAAUUUGGAUUCAAUUCAUUAAUCAAUAUGCUUUAUGAUUAACAUUUGAUUGAAAAGAGAGUAUUUACAUUCUUUUUGAAUUCAAUACCAGAAUAAAUAAAUAAUUCAUCUGUUUUAUUCUUGGGUGGUUAUGAUACUCGUUACAUGAGUUCAGAUGUGUAAUAUGUUAAAUUAGAUAAAAGUGAUUCAUGGUCAGUAAAAUUAAAUAAUAUAUAAAUGAAUAAUAAAGUUCUAAUUAAUGAUGUAUCAGCAUUAAUAGAUACUGGUACUUCUUUGAUAGUAAUACCAACUCAUUAAUUUACUUAAUUAUUAUCAAAUUUAAGAGAUUAAUACAAAUAAUUUUGUUAAUAUUCUUAAUAUUAAAUAAAAUGUUCAUGUCCUGAUGGUGAUUUUUCGCAUUUUCCUGAUUUUGAAUUUAAUUUAGAGGGUGAUUUGAAAUUAAUAUUAAGUCCUAAUGAUUACAUUUAUAUGGAUGUAUCAGUUUGUGUAUUAGCAUUUACAAAGAGUUCUAAUAAUUAUUGGAUUUUAGGUGAUACAUUCAUAAGAAAACAUAUAACAAUAUUUGAUAUUGAUAAUAAAUAAAUUGGAUUUGCUAAAUUAGCUACAUUUGAGAAAUAAAGUAAAUAAAUUUAGAUAAAUGAUUAUUUGUAUAUAUUUAAAGUGGUUUGUGUAUGUAUUUGUGUAGCAAUAGCAUUAAUAUGGAUAAUUAGAUAAGUGAGUUGUUUAGGUGAAGCAAGUCAUGAGAUGUAUAAAUGA